AUUCAUUUUCUAAAUUUAUUUUAACAAUCCAAUCAUGAUUUUUAAACUAAUUUCUUUGCCACAUAGAAGGUGAUCCACCUUGUAAGAAAAAAAAAAACUAUAAAACAUUGGACAACCUGUCCAAUCACAACAAUUACUUCGGAAUAGCAGAUGUGAUGGUGAAUAAGUAAAACUUUUGAAAUAAAAAAGAUAAUUUAAAAAUAACUUUGGCAGAAUUGAAUAAAUUUAUCCUCCCACAAAAGAUUGGAUGGUUUAGCGGGAGACGUCUUGAAACUUCAUUGCAAAUCCGACGCUCCUGCAGGACUCUUGAUUAAACGUCGGCGAGUCCUUGAUACGCGCGAUAUUGUGCAAAGUUGACGGAACAAAAUUGUGAGUUUGUUUUGUUUCUGAAGUUGAAUUGAGUGAUUGAUUAACACCAUGAAUUCCAGAAAGAAAAAGGACAACAAAUCCCGAAGCAGAUCCAAAUCGACAAUUAACGAUAUUGUGAUUGCUCGAGGUGAUUUAAAACAAGAAGAAGAUAGGAAAUAUAGUGUAAAAGUCUCAAAAUUAAUGGGAAGAUACAUGGUGGCCAAAAAGGAUAUCGAACCAGGUGAAAUCAUUUUGAGUGAACCUCCAAUAGUGGUUGGACCUUGUACGGACUGCAAAGUCCAAUGUUUGGGUUGCUACAAAAAUUUAGAAGAACAAGCCUUUAUAAAAUGCAAGACUUGCAAUUGGCCAUUAUGUUCCCAAAAAUGUUCAGGAUUGAACAACCACCUUGGUCAUAGCGAAAUAGAAUGCGCCAUUUUGAAACAAACUAAUUCCUCGAAAUUUUUAGACUACUCUAACUUGUUAAAAAUUAGAAGUCACAUGCAAGCAUUAGUUCCGUUAAGAUGUCUCAUUUUGAAGAAAACCAAUCCAAAAAAUUAUGAUAUUCUUUUAAAUAUGGAGCAUCAUAAUGCUUUAAGACAAAAUAUCCCGGAGGUGUGGAAUACUAACCAAGAAAAUGUUGUUAAUAGGAUAAUUAACGAUUGGGGAUUAAAGGAGUUUAGCGAAGAUGAAAUUCAUACUAUUUGUGGAAUAUUAGAGGUAAACUGCUUUGAAAUAGGACAAGAAGUUAACAUAAGAGGUCUUUAUCCAACAGCAUUCCUGAUGUCCCACGAUUGCGUGCCAAACACAAACCAUAAUGACGAAGAAAUUAACUAUUUCCUUACAGUCAGAGCGUCAACCAAAAUUCCAGAAGGACAUGCAGUUACACUAAGCUAUGCCUACACGCUACAGAAUACUUUAAAAAGAAGGGAACAUCUUUUAGACAACAAAUUCUUCGAAUGUUACUGCAAAAGAUGUUCAGAUCCAACUGAGUUGGGUUGUUAUAGUGCAGCGUUGUUGUGUCCAAAAUGUAAAACUGGUGUUGUUCUAUGUGAUAAUCCGUUGGAUUUUGAUUCUUCAUGGAGCUGUACCAAUUGGUCUAAAAAAUGUCCCGGGUACACCAUACCAGCCAGGUCGAUGAAAUUAUUACUAAACAGGAUAACUCAAGAAGUGGACCAAAUAGACAAUAAUGACGUUGUAGCUAUGGAGCAGUUUUUGAACAAGUACCGAAACGUAUUGCAUCCGACCCAUUACAUUAAUUUAGGAAUAAAAAUAUCGUUGAGUCAACUGUAUGGGAAAAUCAAAGGUUACUUGAUCCAUGAAUUAAGUAACGAAGUUUUGGAGAGAAAAAUAGACGUCUGUAGGGAGGUGUUGGAAGUGUUGGACAUCAUUGAACCGGGAUAUACACGAAUUAGAGGUGUCACUUUAUAUGAACUACAUGCUCCAUUGAUGAUAUUACUGACGAGAGAAUCGGCGAAACAAACUUUGUCAAAAUCUGAAUUUAAAAGAAGAUUGAAAGAAGUUUUUAAGUAUUUAACAGAAGCCAGUAUUAUUUUAAAUUACGAACCGAAAUCCUCGAUAGAAGGCAAUAUGGGAGUAGCUGCCAACGAGGCGUUAGGGCAAAUUAGAGAAUGGCAGAAGAUUGUUGGAAAAUUUUAGUAACAAC